GCUGGCAGGCAAGACAAGCUCUCUGCAUUCACGUCAGUGUCACGGCGGUGUACGAUAUGAUUUAGCUACAGUCCCGGAGGUGGCUGCCUAAAACAGCACACGGUGCUUUGCUCGACCCUUUCACUCCGACUCCGUGCCAACUCCACCAAAGAGAACCAAAUAGAUGGUAUGAGCUGAUCCACGUCGGAAUUGGAAAGACUUUGAUAUUAUAUCUGCUGUUACUUUCUGUUUUAUUCCGAGAAACUUUAUUACAACUGAUUAUUGUAUCGCUUCUAUUAACUGACCAAGCAAACAAAAACAUCCACCGGACGGAGGUUUCAGGCAGCAAAGUUUCAUGACGUCAUGCCAACGAUGCCUUGUUCCUUACUCUCACUUCCACUGGAGCUGGCCGCUCAGAUUGCCCGAGCAAGUAUACCGGAUGGAAUUGAAGGUCUUGCCUUGACUUGCAAACAGCUUCGCGCCGCCGCCGAGCCGCUCUUGGCAGAACACUACCGUCGGAAACGACGAUUUAGGCGAUUCAGGUUCCCUCUCACCCAUGAUGUCCACACCCAGUUCCUCGCUCCUGGCACGAGAGCCUCGAAUCCCGCGGACCCAGAUCCUGCCUCUAGAGCUACAGGCAUCAGGAUCCACAAGACAAUCGACCUCAUCCGCGCCAUUCUCGUCAACCCAGUCGUCGGGGAUUACAUUCUCGAGGCCGACCUGAGAGGCGAACCUUCUUUCAACAAUCCCGACUACAGAGACCUUGACGACGAUCUCAAGCUGCCCCUGGAUCCCAGCCGUAGCUCGUCGUUCCCACGCAUUGAAGACCACGACAGGGACCUAUUCAGAACUGCCCUGUGCGAGUCUGCGUACUUACAGCAUGCCAACCAGGAUCCCGAUCACUGGCUGGAGCAGCUCACCAACACGUGUACAGGCCACGCCGAGGUUUUCCUGCUGACCCUACUGCCGCGCGUCAAGCUUCUAUAUCCUCCUGUACACUGGGGGUAUAUUGGGAGGGCCAACCAAAGUCCCGAGCUUGAAAAUGUUUGGGCAGUGCUCGAUGCGAUUGUGAACCGGGCCAACGACAAAUCUCUUCCAGCUAAAGAUGCCUCUUUGUCUCAGCUUGAACGCAUAGGUCCUACCCUACUGCCUUCGUACGAGCUGUAUUGCGCCCUCAUCCCGUUCGAGCCGUUCCUUGGUUUGGACUCGGUUCGUACGUUUCAUGGGAGCGGCUUUAAGUUCAUCGACGACAGAUACACAGGUAAUCGCUUCCACCCACGCUAUAAACGUUAUAGUCAAAAUCUCGAUACCCUCGAGCUGCUUGCCUGUGUUACCAGGCGACCAGAACUCUCGGCUCUUCUGGAGAGGUGUGCCAGUGCCGGUCUCAAAAAGUUUCGAUUCUCGUACGAGACCAAGUGGCACGGCUGUGGCCACAACUGGGACGCCGGAGACUUUCUUGAUGUUGUGUGUCGCCAUGUGGGUCGCACUCUCGAGGAACUUUCGGUCACCAGGAUCUCCGGCUUUCGGGGUUGGGGAGAUAUAGGCACCACAAUGACCGACAUGCGGACCGGGUUCCCAUCUCUCAAGAUCCUUGAGCUGGAUGUUCGUAUGAUGAUGGGGCCAGCCAGGACAGAGGAGGUGGUUGCUGCAUACAGCAAAAAGGCAUAUGGGCCUUGGCCGCCUCGAGAAUGCGCCAACGUUCCACCUGCGCGACCCCGGCUUAUUGACCUCCUUCCGCCCCAACUCGAAACCUUUCGCCUCUUUUGCUCCAUGUUGGAGCAAGACGACCUCGAUUGCAUCAAAGCACUGAUAUCAGAGCUCCGAGCGGAGCGGGCCGCAAGUCUUCCGCGCCUGCAGGAGAUGGGCUUUUACUAUUACCAGACGGACAACAUCAAAAAGCCCCAAGUCCAGCAAACUCUGAGUGAAGUCCAAGAUGCUGGCUUCUCCAUGCAUCCCAACGAGAAGGAGCACAGCUGGGAGUACAAGGCUGUCAAUCCCAAGUGGGUGAACGACUCCAAAGAGAUGUUCUUUAGCAACUACACAACAUAGAGGCUCAAGACCGUUCUGGUUGUAGACUAGUGUUUUGCGAUGGCUUUAUGUGAAAGGAAGCUGACGUUGCUGGAUACGUCCCUUGCUUCCACGUUUCUGCAUGACAGCGAAACAAGCUAUGCGUUGGAAAUUGACAUGGUUACAGUGCAUCCACAUAGGUGCUGUCGGCCAUGGCUUUGGUGCUGUCGGCAAAGGCGAGCUGAUCGAGGAUGACGUCCGUAGGUUCCAGAGUUGUGCAUAUAUCUGGUUUCAAUGGUCUCGGCUCCAUCUCCGCAUUUUUCGUCACCUAUCCUCUGGUCACCACGGAAGUCAGCUGGGUAAACACAUCAGAUUAUGCAAAAAGUCGCUUACAUCGUUGCAUCGCCAGAUCCAAAUCCCAUCUCUCAAAAACUCGUGUAAAGCUCCUAGUCAAAUACGGGUCGGUCUGCCGCUUUACUCGGGUGGCCGGCAGGCAGCUAAGACGGCUGAGGGCAUCAGUUUCAAAAGCUCAGUCUCCAGCCCUUGUAUAUCUAUCUAGCCUACGGAAAAAAAGAUUGGGUUAAGCCUCGGACGAAGAUUCGUCUCUAGCUCAAUUAGCUCGCUUUUUUUCCCUGGAGGCAAGGCCCCUCUAUCAGUACUCUGGGACUGAAUCGCCGACAGCCGGCCGUAGGAGGUCUUGAAUGGCGGUUUUCGGGAUCGUAGAACCCUGUUUCGUCUCCCAGUCCGGUGAAAACCAAGACAAACGUGACGUUUUGACAAGAAUGUCCUUGAUGUUCUCAGUUUUGAUGUAGAGGAACCCUUUGUUUUCCCUUUGGGCAAGAUGGAAUGAAGGGUGUUUGUUCGACCAUAAUUUAACCGGACCGGGUCCGAUGCCACUGUGCAAGUAAUGCGCAACCAGAGAUCGCUCCGUCACGAAAUAUAGGUAUGUGGGAAUGGUCGCUGCUAUAGAGGAGCCUAGCAAGAAAACUGCAAGGAUCAAAGGGCAGAACAUGGUUGGGCGAGAUUAAAGUUUGUCGAGAGGAAACCAUAAGUCGAGACUGACCACUCAGCUGGUAGUGGCGAAUAAAGACGGUAUUUGGGAAGCCAGAUUGUACAAAGACAGCGAGCGAGCAGCGAUACAAAUAUAAGUAUUUGGGACAAAGGUUUUUAAAAAAAAAAAAAAGGCUACAGCAAGGGAUUCUUGUAUUAUUGAUACAUAAAUAAUUGGUGACAUGGUUUAUACAUAUUGAAAUUAGGAAAUUUCCGAUCUGUAUGUUGAUCGGUAUCACAAUGGACCACAGUUAAAUACGAGAUACGGGGAUGGUUUAAUGCAAUAAUAUGAUUGUAAUAUAAUGCA